CCCAACACUGAAUUUAGUAGUUGUAUCUGGUUUAAAGCUUUUAGAAACCCCAAUUAAAAAAUUAAGAAAAUUAAUUAAAACUAUUCGUAAAUCAGCUAAAAUUCUUGAAGAUUUGGAAAAUAUAGCAACUUUAGAUCAAAAAACUUUUUAA